AUGACCAUGCAGGACGAGAAGGAGUACGUGUUUGUGCUGAAGCAGAAGAGGAGUGACGUGCAAGCGCGUCACGUCGCAGAGGAGGUGAUCAAGUCUGCGGGAGAGGCGACGUCGACCGCCACGUCUCCGUGCGAGAGUGCGACGUUUGGCGACUCGGACGACAGCGUUGAGCUGGAGAGACAAGAGGCUGGAGAAGAAGAUGGUGGGGUUGAGCUGGAAGAGUCGAUGGAGCUGGACGCGAUGCCAGUAGCGCUGCCGUUUCUGCCAGCGAUGGACGCCUCGACUCAGAUCACGGUCCAUGAUGGCUACAGUGAAGCCAUUAUGGACGCCCAGCACGCUCUGGACUCGCGUCUGUUGGCGUACUCCCAGUACCAACAAAUGGCCCGACCGAAGGAGGUGUUGCUGACGCCGAGACGGUCCAAGACGGAGCAGUUUGUGAUGACGGCGCGACCUGCUGUGGUCGAUCGCCCUGUGACUGUUUGCAUGGGCUGGCAGCGUGUCUCGAACAUUGACUCGAGCAGUCGUGACCUGCUGCGUGCGCUGGAAGAGGACGGCGUGUCGUACGAGCCGCAUGACACGGCCUACAGCGUCAAAUAUCUGGCCCCGGUACUGCCAUUCGGCGACUGCCUCUUCUUGUCGAUGGAGCAGUUGCUUUUAUACACGGAAGAGUGUGAGCCUCUCUCACCGGAAGGGAUUCGCCGAGUGGCUACAAAGUUCUUCCUUGCUCACUACGAUUCUAGCACCUCGGAAGAGCAGCAGAAGAUCAACAAAGCCAUCCAGAAUCUGUACUACCCAACAUUGAAAGGUGGGUGGGGCGUGAGUCCGGUGCAGACGCGACGGUUUGUCGCGCGUCGGAGUGAGAAGAAGAUGCUGCUGGACAAAUGUGCUGAGCUGCAGUCGAGGGGCUACUCGUGGGGAAAAGCUGCAGAAGCUGUGUACACGUCGUACGCACAGCCGAUCGUAGACGCGCACUCUUACUGCGACUACAUGACGGUGGGCCGGGGGGAAAACACGCACUUCCUCGUUGGUCUAAACUACACUGACCGUGGGCUUAUUUCUGUGGACAAUGACCCUGAUAAUUCGCGCGUAGCAUGGGGUGACGAUUUCGUGCUGGAGGCACUGGCGACGGCGUAUCAGCGUGACAUCUUUGUCGUUCUAGUAGGAUGUGGCAAGAUGUUUUUCCUGCCCCACCGCCCCCGCGGCGAGGUCGGCUUGCAGCAGAGCACGAUCUGUCAUUCGAAGGGCCAUGCACCGUGGUUUUUGCUCAUGCGAUUAACAGGCAGCGACCGAGGCGGCGACCACUACGAGCCAAUGUUGUGCGAGCGGCUGCGCGGUGACGGAUCACCAGAGUUUGGCUCUAUUGGGGACUGA